CGAGGCCACCAAAUUGAAUUGUCCAAAUUUAUUUUUUGAUAUAAAAAUAGAUUUAUUUUAAGUUCAUUGCAUUGUUGCACUUUCGCGAGUUUAUAAUCAAUCCGAUUUUUUCUCUUCAUAAAAAAGGAAUACCAACCAAUUUAACGAUGGCGACGCAAAGCGCAGAUUACCACGAUGACGACAUUGUGAUCACUGGUAUUUCAGGAGCAUUUCCUAACAGCGAAAAUUUCGAAGAAUUUAAGGAGAACAUAUUGAAAGGGAAAAAUAUGUUCUCAAAAGUUGACAUUCCUAGUGGCACAACAGUGAAAGGUUCGAUUAAAACAAUCGAUCGUUUUGAUCAUACUUUCUUUAACAUGAAUCAUCCUCAGGCCGAAGGAACGCUUAUUGCUACGAGACUUCUGCAUGAAAAAGCAUUCGAAGCUGUACUUGAUGCGGGUUACAAUUUGCAACAAAUAAAAGGUAAAAACAUAGCUGUUGUUUGUGGUCUAUGGGAAACUAGUUCAGACAGUGAUCCAGCUUAUGACUUUCACGAGGGAAAAUACGAUGGAUAUUCUGUUUCUGGAAUUUUCAUGUGUGCUAACAAAUUAUCGCAUUAUUUGGAUCUACACGGGCCAAGUUGCAGUGUGAAUACAGCAUGUUCGUCAUCGGUGUACGCUUUAGACAUGGCUAUUAAAUACAUUCAAAGUGACCAAUGCGAAGGAGCGAUCGUGUGUUCGGCCAAUUUUAGUUUUGCCGACGACUACGACAAUCCAACAUCGUCGAUGAUCCAUAGUAGAGUGAUUUCUUCGCCUUUUGAUGCAAACUCUAAUGGAUACAAUAGAGGCGAAGCAGUGGUUGCCAUGUUUAUACAAAAAAGAAAAUACGCCAAAAGAAUCUACGCAAAUGUCAUUCACUCGUUAACUAAUUCCGAAGGGUACAAAACAGAUGGUAUCAUGCACCCGUCAAUCAGUCAACAAAAAAAUCUAUACGAACAGUUUUAUAAAACGAUCAACGUAGAUCCGAGAUCCAUCUCAUAUGUAGAAGCUCACGGUACAGGAACACAGGUUCGAAAUGGUAAUGGAGGUCAAGUCUAUGGGUACACUAUAAUUUUCGUCCUCUUUGGAUCAUAUGUUCGAUCUCAAAUGGACUUUGUAGGUGAGUGACAAAAAUAAAGAAGAAAUAUAAGGUUUGCAUGAAUUAGCUUAUUUGGGAGUAGGUUUUAACUAUUGCAUAAAUGUUGACAAUUUCUAUUGUAAAUACGUAUUAUAAUCGUAUCUGUAGUUGUGACUCGUAACAAGAAUAUAUGUGUCGCUAGAUUAUAAUUAAAAUUGUUAUCUAAUAAAAUACAAAAAAUGGAGUAAAUGUCCACUAGGGAUUAGAAUUAAAAUGGUAUAAAAAUAAUACUCAUAGAAUAAAACAUAAAAAUAAAAUAUUGAGACUGGUACAGAUAGUUUCUUCUGAUUAUCGAUGUAAAAUAAUAAAAAUACUGCGCACAGAGCACACACACAAAAAAAUGAACAGAAAUGAGAAUUUCUAAAUCUAUUAGGGAUAUAAUUAGAGAGAAAAAACAAUAAAAAAUAUAUACUGUUAUGCGUAAACAUCGACAAUUACAACAACAAAAAAAAAAAAAAAAAAGAUUAUUUAUACAUGCGUAAAUGCAGAGUUGGCGCGAUUCCUUGGUUCGUCAGAAUCGGAUUCCUGAAUUACGAUUCUCAUACUUGGGAGAAUCGCGAUUCUCCAGUCUCGAUUCUUUCACAAAGCGAAUCCGGUUCUGAAUCCGAUUCUUUAGCGGUUCUCGAUUCCCUCCGAUUCCGAUUCCCAAAUACUAAUUUUUCUCAACUUCAGGACUUCACAAAUAAAUCUGAAAUGAAAUGAGUAAUUUCCCCAACUUGGUAUAUGCUCAUUUUGCAUGUUCUAUUCUUUCGUUUGUUGCUGUGAGCAGGGAAUUGCAGGGAAUCCAGAAGGCGCGAUUCUCCAUUAAAGAGAAUCCGAUUCUUACGUUGCGC